ACAAUAUCAACUAUUAUUACAGACUGAGGACAUUUGCAAAUGUUUCUUUUCUCUAGGCCAUCAUCUCUUUCUGCUUGCUCCAAUCUCUUGAAUGAAUGAACAAACAAGACUAUAAUCUAUUAGCAUUAAGCUCUAGAAAACAAAAGGUACUCUUUAUUUCCAUUCUAUACACUACUAAUUUGAAUGACAGUUGAAUGCAUUUGUGCCUUUAAUCACUCAUUCAAUUCCAAUGCACUGAAUGACGGAUGGUGAAUGUGUCUCAUUGAAUGGUACCAUUAGAUUGAUGCACUGUUCCUUUAAAUGGAGAGAGAGGAUGGGGAGCGGAGGGAGAGAGAGAAGAAGAAGAGAGGGAGAGUGAGAGAUGUAGUAGAAAAGGGGGGGUUGUGUGUGCACUUUCUCUUUGUCUUGGAGAGGUGUGUGAGUUGAGCGUGAUUUGACCGAAAGAAAAAGAAAGUGACUUGAGAGGAGAUUACUGAAAAGAGCUGCGCAUCUUUCAAGGAUUUUUUUUCAACGUUUUUUAAGGAGGAGCUGACAUUGAUUGAACGUUUCUUAAGAGCAUGUUGGACAUGGAAACAAAUGGCAAAUAUCACUGACCUCUGAUGCUCACUUUUAAAAGGACUUGAAGGGACUUAAAUGAGGACAAGUAAACAGUCUUGAAGAGAUAUUCUAAAGAAAAAAAGUGCUUGCUUUACUUCUGACUGCUUCUUGGUGGGACUUCAACAGCUGGAUCAGUCUGAAGGUUUUUAAAGUUGACUUUGGGGAAAUAUUACAGGAUAUUUCAUUGAGAGAGUUAAACCUUUCUGGUUAUUCUAUGGACAUAUGAAUUUUGAUACUACUUUUUUCAUUUACUUUAAUAAAUAGUGACAUAGUGAAUGUGACAUAGGUGGUGCCAACUGUUGAGAUGUACUGGUGAAUAUUUCAUCUAAUUCGCAAAGGGUACAAUCAAUCAACAUUGAUUUUACUUCUUAGUCUAGAGGGAGAGUGACUGAGAGGAAAAAAAUAAUCAUUCAAAAAUAUCCUCAACUACCUGCUUAUCACCGGCUAUUCUUAGUCUUAAGACAUAAACCAGAAAGACCGAGAGAUGGCACUGAAAGAAGGAGGAAAGGAGCUGGGGCGUGUUAAGACCGGGGACCAGCUUGGGGCCAAAGCCAUUGCUGGGGCCCCUACAGCAGGUGGUGGGGUGGUGGUGGAGGUCAGGGAGAAGAAGGGACCUCUGCGGGCUGCGAUACCCACAAUGCCCUUCCCUUUGGCUGUUAUCUGUCUGUUUCUGAACACCUUCAUACCUGGACUCGGUACCUUCAUCUCAGCGUUCACGGUGCUGUGUGGAGCUCGCAGCGACCUGAUCUCAGAGCGAGGCGUUUGUUGUGUGUUCUGGCUCAACGUGGCAGCAGCCCUCAUCCAGAUACUGACAGCUGUUAUCAUGGUUGGAUGGAUCAUGAGCAUCUUCUGGGGAAUGGACAUGGUCAUCUUGGCAAUUUCUGAUGGCUAUAGAGACCAGGGUCUUCCUCAGGAUGUCUGAGAGAGGUCGCUCUCAUGUUUACUGAUGGAUCACAUGGACAGUUUGACCUCUUUAACCUCCCUGAUGCCCGUUGGUGACCUUCACCUUUUGUGAUGACCUGUAGCGGUCUGUCUUUCACAUGCCGGACCACAGAGAGAAGCAGAGACAUUAAAAUUAAUUAGCCACAUGGGGAAAUACAGAAGGAACGAAUCAGCUGACUGCUUCUGAUCGCACGCUGCUGAUUGGUUGAGACCACAUUUACAUUUGAGUUAAACGGAAUGGGACGGGGAAAAAGAGACUAAAGCUGUACAGUCACAAGAAAAACAAUGUGUUGUGCAUUUUGUUGAGUAAUUAUACCGGUGAAUUCUGUCUUUUGAUAUUUUUAUUUGAUCUAUUUGACAAAAAACAAGACCAGACUACAUGUUUCCUACAUGACAGGAUGGAGAAAAUGAAGGAGGAAGUCAUGACUCUGUGAGAAAAUAAAAAUAUUGAGUUGCAGUCAGACAGAUGAAAAAAAAAAUAUUUGGCUCCUAACGGUGUUUCCAGAACCAGCGUGACCAGAGUUUCCCCUGCCAUAGCCACUUUGCUUAAAGCGGUUUAUCUUAGUGGCCUUUCCUUUGUGAAACUGAUACCACAUCGCUGCUCUGAAGACAUACAAUAUAUUUCACUAUCAUCAACUCUCACUAUAAAACAUAUUCCAUCUUUUAUAAAUUGUUACCGUCUACAGCCAGAACAAAAUCACGGUGACUUGCCACUAAAUCUGACAAUCACUGAGCACAGAAUCAACAAUUAUUCACGCCAUGAAUGUGCAGCAAGCAUGUCUUCCACUGGAGCAUGUGAUCAAACUAUAAAUGGCUCUGAUACGUGAUAUUCAAUAUAGUGAGUUUGAAUGAUAACUUUGCGACCAAUCGAUCAGCCUAUAUAGUUAUUGUAGCUACAAUAUUUCCUUUUUAAGGCUGCGUUUUACUGUAAUAGCAACACAUCUUUAACACGCAGAGUCUCACUGCUGGUCACAAGAUGUGUGUCAUCCUAAAAUUACAGGGCUGUGUGAAACAUGAUUCAUGCCUCCUGACAAUAUUUGAUUUUAAUUUUCACACCUCUUGAAUGUGUAAAUCAGUGUCAGAGAGAUAUCGCACAUUAUUAAAACAUAGCAUCUAUCAAAUUAUAACAAUAUGCCACUCUGGGGAACCAUAUAGUCUCCAUCCUGUGUCACAUUAUGACAAAGAUACAUGAUGUCAUUUAAGUCUGUGACUGAGGUGCUUUGUUUAAACAUAUAUUUUUGACUUGUUCAAUAAGUGAGUCAAAAAUUCACAUAAAUAGAUUAAUAUUAAAACCAGAAAGAAAUUAGGUUGUGGAGUUCACUGUUCUGUGUGUACAUUGUGUAUAUAUUAUUGUGUGGGUGUUUGUGUGUGUGAUUGAUAGCGUGCAAUAUUGGAAAAGGAGAUUGGAGAAUAUACAGGAUGGCCUUGGUAUAACUAUGUGGGAAGGUCAAUCAAAAAGUUGUAUUAUGUAACACAACUUGCCUUGGAAUAAUCGAUCCAAACAAAGCCUUUCCCAUGAUACCACAUCGGCUUUCUCAUGCACUGUAUCAUUGGCUCACUUCCCUGAAAAAUGAUCCAAGAGUACCAAAAGUCAAAGAGCCUUAAACAAAAAGAAUUAAACCAGCUUAGCCUCAGCCAUCACAGUAAUGGAAAGUGGAUCAAUAUCGCUGCGAGUGUUUUGCAGGAAACUCAGUUACUGCUGAACAAACUGAAUGGGCUCCAACUGGGCCUAUUUGACAAAAUGCCACUUACAGUACAACUUAAAAAAAAA